UAUUGGAAAGUUCACAUCACGGACCUCAGUUGCAGUUGCAAGACAACAUUGGGGGAACAGGGGAGACACCUUAGGUUAGAAAUGCAGUCCGCCGUGAAACACAAUUACCACCAGGAAAGUGAGGCAAACAUUAAUAAACUCAUCAACAUCAAGCUGACGGCAUCCUACACAUACCUUGCACUGGGUAUGUACUUUGACAGGGAUGAUGUGGCCCUGCCCAACUUCUCUAGUUUCUUCCUUGAUCGCUCUGUGAAAGAGAGGGAGCAGGCAGAGAGUCUGCUGGAGUUCCAGAACAGCAGAGGCGGCAGAAUCCUACUGCAGACCGUUGCUAAGCCUACUCGUGAGGAUUGGCGUGGCGGUUUGGAUGCCAUCAGUUUCUCUCUGGACUAUCAGAAGGCUUUAAACAACUCCAUCCUCGAUGUCCAUCGCAUUGCCGGCACCCAUGGCGACCCCCAUCUGUGCGACUACCUGGAGAGCCACUUCCUGACAGACAGCCAUGACACCAUCAAGAAGCUGGGUGACUACAUGGGCAGUCUUACCCGCCUCACGUCCAGUGAGCCCCACGGCAACAUGGGAGACUAUCUGUUUGAUAAACACACUCUCUGAACAGCGAGUGCCAGUAAGUGCCACUCAUAAGGCGAGACAGUGGUGCUCAAAAGCCUGUUUUGUAGGAUGUGCAUGUGUGCUGCUUUAAAUACAUUAGAAUUGGUCUACUUAUGCUGAACGUCAUGGCUUUACAAAUGACCCUCAUCAUACUCGUAUCAUAUUUCGAAUGUGUUUGGUUAUUAGAGUAAUGUAAAACAGCAUGGAUGCACAUCAUCUCCUCUGUCGUGAAGGUAGUUCUCUUACCAUAAAAUAAUGACAGCCAUACCUCUGUAUACCUCUGUAUACUCCUUAGCAUAAACCUGAAUCACUUCCAGUGCAAUACCUCAAGGUUAAACACCAAGAUCUAUCAUAGUUUUUGGUGCUAGAAAGUUCUCAGUCAUGGAUAGAUCAAACAUUCCAGCAGGGUAGUUUUUGUAUUUUCCUCGCUUCUACUCAGCAGUAAGCUCUUUGUAUUACUUGGUUACACAUUCCCUGUUGCAUGCAACUCGGUGCAUCACUUUUUAACCACAUUUGGGCAACAUUAUCAAGAAUAAAGUACAGUGAAACAAA